AUGCCGUUGCCCCACGACAGACCGAUGCCAUCCUACUGGCUCUCCUUCUCGUCGGACCUGUCUAAGCAUCGAACCACGGAGACUGUCCCGCAAGAAGCAGACGUGGUGGUCGUUGGCUCAGGGUAUUCGGGAGCGGCGACCGCCUACCAUAUCUUGGAAAAUGAUGAUGGCAAGCGAACUAGAGUGGUAAUUCUUGAAGCGCGGGAUGUGUGCUCGGGAGCCACGGGGCGCAAUGGUGGGCACGUCAAGCCAGACCUCUACUUCAACGCAAGCCUCUAUGAAAAGAGAUUUGGACCGCGGGCGGCCGAAGCACUCACAGAGUUUGAGACACAGCAGGUUAUGGAGGUCAAGAAACUGGUCGAAAAAGAGCAGAUAGAUUGCGACUUUGAACUGGUGCGAGCACUUGACGUCUUUGUGGACAGUCGGGUAGCCGGACCUACGGUUGCAGCCUACAAGAACAUGAAGGCCAACGGUUAUCACUUCCCAGAUGAUCUACAUUUUGUUUCGGACCCAAAGAAGGCCGAGCAGGUUUCCGGAGUCAAGGGUGCUCUGGCGGCAUUUUCACACACGGCCGCCUCGAUCUGGCCGUACAAGAUGGUGACGCAUCUCUUGCAUCGUUGCUUGGGCUGGGGGGCGAAUCUUCAGACUAACACCCCUGUACUAUCAAUAUCAGAUCUCUCCGACGGCUCCGGCCGAUGGAGGGUAAAGACACCGCGAGGAGAAGUCGUGACGAAGAAGGUGGUCGUGGCUGCAAAUGCCUAUCUUUCCGCACUGCUGCCUGAGUUCAACGACAAGAUCAUUCCAGCAAGGGGUAUCGUGUGCAGGAUUGCGGUGCCCGAGCAGGGGAAAAUGGCUCCACACCUCAACAAUUCGUACAGUAUUCGGUACGGUCCUCAAGAAUAUGACUACCUAAUCUCGCGGACAGACGGCAGCAUCAUCGUCGGAGGCGCGAAACAGAAGGUCUUGCUUGAUGAUGCAUACUGGCACAACAACACCGAUGACUCACAACUGAUACCGGGAGCAGCGAACUACUUUGACGGGUACAUGCAAAGGUUAUUCCACGGCUGGGAAAAUAGCGGUGCCAAAGUGACGCAUACCUGGACUGGCGUCAUGGGCUACUCUUCGGAUCUGAUGCCUUGGGUUGGGGAAAUGCCUGGAAAGCCAGGCAUCUACGUGACGGCUGGGUUCACGGGUCAUGGGAUGCCUCGAAUCCUGGGCUGUGCGACCGCGAUUGCGUCUCUCGUACGCGGGGAUGUCCAAUACUUGAGUGAAACCAAGAUCCCCCCGCCGUAUUGGAUCACCAAGGACAGGCUGCGCGUGAAGAAGAACAUCGCCCGAGAAUACAUGGCAGGCUCGCGGCCUUCCCUGUGA